UAACUAAGUGACACUCACCAACAACAACUAGAACAUUAAUUCAAUCAUUCAUUCAACUUUUAAAUUUGUUUGUUGUUGCUGUUAAAGUACAGUGAACAACAGUGUAAACAAUUGUCUUAACAACAACAACAAUAGUGAACCUAUGAUAAUAAAGAAGAAACAACAGCAAAACAAAGAGUUUAAAAGUGUCAAAGUAACAACCAACACAACUAACAAACCAAUAAAUAAACAAACAAAACAACAACAAAUUGUUGUCUAAAGGCAACAGCAUCAUUUACUAGACUCUACAUCAGCAGCAACAUACAACAACAAAGAUGUCAACCACAUGUUGCGGAUUAAAACUGUUAAUUGCCAUCAUUGUAUUUGUCACUUAUGAAAGUGGCAGCAACAACAACAAACACACCUGCAAUGGAUUUGAAGUAUACUUUCCCAUGUCAGCCAUUCAAUUAAAUCUGCCAUUAAAUGAAAAAUCACAAAGUAUAUUCUCCAAAAUACCGAUAGGACAAUUUCAAGUCCUGUCGGCCAGUAAUAACAGUGUGGCCACCGAUUACGUCUACAGCCUAGAAAACAACGAUCUGCUGAACAUAAAUGUCACAACAGGAGAAGUAUUUAUACGAAAUGAUUACAAGCCCAUCAAAGACAAAGCCAAAUAUAUUUUAACAGCCCUCAGCAUGAGUACAGAAGAUGUUACGAAAAUACCACACAUGUCACUGGAACUGAAACCAAUGACAGAACAAAAAUAUUGUGCCAAUAUGGAGAAUAUAUGUUUUUGGUCGUCGGCACACUACACCAUACUGGAGGAUGUUAAUGUCAGUGUUAAGGAGGAUCAACGAAAUUUCAAACCCAUACAAAUUGGUUCUCUUAAUCCCAGAGCAGCCAAAUACCUAUGCCCGUAUAUGAAUAUUACCUACAAUCUUCUAAAUGCCACAGAUAUGUUUAUACUAAAGAAUAAUCUACUGUUCACACGCGCUCCAUUGGAUUAUGAGUCGCUGAAUUCAACGCAUCAAACAAAUCUAUCGGUUGCUGUUAGUUGUCACGUGGAAGUGGAAGCGAAUAAAUAUAAAGAAUUUCGUAAACAUAUUAAUAUUCAGAUUGUGGAUCGUAAUGACAAUGGUCCUGAGUUGCAGAAUAAAAAAAUUUACAACUUUUAUUUGGACAACCCACAUUUCAAAGAGAAUAACACUAUUGGUGAAAAAAUAAUAUUUGUGGACAAGGACUCUAUGGAAACGAAUGCUCAUCAAACGUAUAAAAUUUUGAAUGAUACAAAUGAUUUGAUACGACCAAUGUGUAACGCCUACGAAGCUGAUCAUACUGGGAAAAGGAAUUCAAUAAUAAGUUGUCAAAUUGUGUUUGCUCGAAAUGGAAUUCUCAGCCAGCCUUCGUAUUGUUUUACAUUGGAAGCCAUCGAUAAGACAAUUGAUGUCCACAUCUCUAAUACUGCCAAAGCCCAUGUUUGCAUUAAGACUGAUCCUAGUAAAAUACACGAAGCCGAUCGACCAAAAGCGUUGGCUUUACGUUCACGGCAACAUCGCAAAUCAAAUGUUAUGAAUUCGGAAGAGGCCAUACUGAAUUCAGAAGGUUUUGGUCGUACCAUUACGCAGAGUAUACUCAAUACCUAUCCCAAAGAUGCGUAUGUUUAUCGUACAGCCCAAGCAAUGUAUCGCGUGACUCAACCCAAAGAUUUUUUGGAAUUAAUGAAAAUGCCCGAAUUAAGGUACACUAUAGCAGAGGAUCGCAGUAAAGCCUUUGCUAUAACUUCAGCAGCUGGUAUUAUUUAUGUCAAGAAUACAACAGCUUUGGAAAAUGCUCCUGAAACUGUAUAUUUUCUAAAUAUUUCUUGGCAUGACACACAUCAACGUUCGUUUGUGAUAAAUGUCCAUUUGGUAAAUGGACGUCCUGACAACGCCACAUGCGAGCACAAAGUCAAAUCUAGAUCACAAACUUGUGCUCAAAUCAAGUAUGCCUCGCAAUGUGCUAAAUUCUGUGGUCUCGCCACUAAUGGUGGUAGUUGCGUUUGGCGUGGUUCAAAUGCCGGAUUUUUUGGCCGCAAUUAUAAGUCUUGCGUACCAAAUGCUGAAUUUUGUCCCGAUAAUAUAUGUGAUCCACUGGAAGAACUGAAUGCCGCUGCUUGUCCACAAGACUGCACAUCAAGCAAUAAAAUUAUGGGACCACAUUCCACAAAUGAAAAUCGCAGGGGCAUAUUGUCUGCCUCUGGUACUUGCACAUGUGAAGAUAAUGGCAAAUGUUCGUGUGCUCCUUUAGACGAUGAGGAGCCCAAACCGAAGCGUAAGCGUAAGAACGAAACCAGAUCUGAAAACGCUGACAAACUCGAGGGUGCCAUGUACAAUUUAAAUUCGGACAAAACUGAUAAGGGUUCAAUUGAGGAAAUGCUCAAUUUAGCAGGCUGGGAAUGUGACACAACAUGUGUGAUUAUAGCGAUUACUUGUCCCAUGAUUUUCACUAUACUAAUCGUGUGCUUGAUUAUAACUAAAAGAAGUUUCAACAAACGCGCCUUCAGCAAAGAGAGUGCCACAAAUAAGAAAAAAGAUCAUUUAUCAGAGUGUGACGUUAAAAAUGGUGAUUUGCCCUUAAUGCAAUUGGAAAAUAGUUUCAAAUUUGAUAGUACCAUUGCCGAUACCAAGUGGGAGUUUCCCCGUGAGUCAUUGGUCUUGGACUGUAUUCUAGGCGAAGGUGAAUUUGGUAAAGUGAUGAAAGGUUAUGCCACUGAUAUAGCGCAACGUCCGGGCAUUACUACAGUGGCAGUGAAGAUGCUUAAGAAGGGUGCAAAUUCUGUGGAAUACAUGGCUUUGGUCUCCGAAUUUCAACUGCUACAAGAAGUAUCUCAUCCAAAUGUUAUAAAACUAUUGGGGGCCUGUACAAAAGGCGAUGCCCCGAUGAUAAUUAUCGAAUAUGCUCGUUAUGGUUCGUUGCGCAGUUAUUUACGUCUGGGUCGCAAAAUCGAAAAUGCCGGCUGUGAGUUUGCCGAUGGAGUUGAGCCAAUGACAGUGCGCAAUAUUUUGUCUUUCAUUUUGCAAAUAUGUAAAGGAAUGAUAUAUUUAACGGAGAUAAAGUUGGUUCACCGUGAUUUGGCUGCACGUAAUGUCCUCUUGGCCGAAGGUAAAAUAUGUAAAAUAUCCGACUUUGGUUUAACACGUGAUGUCUACGAGGAUGAUGCUUAUAUGAAAAAAUCUAGAGAUAGGGUGCCAGUUAAAUGGAUGGCCCCGGAAUCUUUGGCUGAUCAUGUUUACACCACAAAAUCGGAUGUUUGGGCAUUUGGUGUACUUUGUUGGGAAUUGAUUACUUUGGGAGCAUCACCCUAUCCCGGUAUACCACCACAAAAUUUAUAUCAUUUACUUAAAAAUGGUUAUCGCAUGGAAAAGCCAGAAAAUUGUUCCGAUGAAAUAUAUAAUCUUGUAAAAUCCUGCUGGACUGAUGAGCCAAAUGCCAGACCUUCGUUCAAGUACUUGGCCUCAGAGUUUGAAAAACUAUUGGGCAAUAACGCCAAAUAUAUAGAAUUGGAAACAAAUGCUUUCUCCAAUCCCAACUACUGUCUUGAAGAUGAUGUAACUAAAGAAGCCUCCAAUAUAGAGGAAACCGAUUUAAGCAAACCAACUAAUUUACAAUGGGGUGAACCAGAUGCCCUGGAUCAUCUCUGGAGACCACCAAAAAUAAGUUAUGAUUUACAAGAUUGCUGCAAUAGCCGUGAUACAUCAACAUUCUCUAGCAGUUUUCAGCCACCUCCAGGCUAUGAUAUGCCCCGACCUCUAUUAGAGACUCAUACUACCGAACAACGAUUACGUUACGAAAAUGAUCUCAGAUUUCCUUAUAAUAUACGUAAAUCAUCUAUGGCUGAGCCAGCGAAUAUUCUGGCUUCGUAUACCAUGCCCGUAAAACGAGGACGUUCGUAUAUGGACAUGACGAAUAAAACAUUAUUAUGCGAUAAUUUGGACAAUGAUGAUUUCGAGAAGCAUAUUUCAAAGACAAUUUCAUUUCGAUUUUCAAGUCUUUUGAAUCUUAACGAACAAGAAGAUAGUAUGGCUUAAAUGUUUUCAAAACAAGA